GGUGCAGUGAACAUUUCAACAGUUUCCUGUGUCCAUAAUCUCUCCGGCCUGCAGAUGCAGAUCACUGAUCAAAGGCUGAAAACAGCUGCAUCAGACAUCUAAAACAGACUCACGUCUACACAGUGCAGACAGGAUGAGGAGGCUGCUCGUGCAAAUUCUUUGCGUCGCUGACGUCCUGCUCUGUGCGGCGGACUCUCCUCCACUGAGCGAGGACACGCUGAAAAAGCUGUCUGUAGCAGGAGAGCAGUGUGUUGAUGAGGAGAUAAAGCGAGCGUUACUCGGGGUGAAGCGGGUCAAGGAAACCAUGGAGAAGAAAGAGGAAGAGCACAGACAUCUCAUGGACGCCCUGAGACACAGCAGUGACAAGAAGAAGGGGGCGAUGCAGCUGGUCUGGGAGACGGAGCAGAAACUAGAAGAGGCAAAGCAACAAUGUCAAGAUUUAACCAAGUCUUCCUUUGAGGAAUGUCGACCUUGUCUUGAAGAUACGUGUAAGGCCUUUUAUACCUCGACGUGUCGCCGUGGCUUCGACUCUUUCUCAUUCAAGGUGGAGGAGUUUUUCAGGAAAAUGGCCGCCCAGCUGGACGACACAGAGCACGUUUACAAUCAAGACGAGGAGAACGUGGGUCGCACCAACUCACCUGAGAUAGAAGAUGGAGCAAAUCUGGAGCUUCUUCAGGCCGAUUCCUCCUUCAGCCAGCUGCUGUCAACCAUCAGCCUCCUGUACAACCAGAGCAUCAUACUGGUGAAAAGGAAGCAACAGGUGUUCGGGCAUUCCUUCCUCGCGGCCUUCACCACUGAGGUGCGACCCAGCCGGCUGUCGACCAUGCAGGGCGGCUCCAGCGCUGGCUUCUUCAGGACGCUGGGUCUGGAUCACAUCCUUGGCUCCGUGUCUGACUUCGGGAGGAACGUGCUGGAAGAAUUCAGCUCCACGGUGGCGAAUGUAUUUGAGGAGAUACAAGAGUCCGAGGUGUACUUUGAGCAACCGAGCACAGAUGACGGAUCCCUUUCUGCUUUGGGAACGUCCCAUGGAAGAUAUCUGUGCAAGCGACUCCGCAGACAAGCAUCAGAGUGCUGGCACCUCCAAAGUUUGUGCGAGACAUGUGAAGAUUAUCUGUUAAAAGAGUGUCCCAGCGUACAGAAGUUACAUUUUGAGAUGGAGGAGAUGUACAUGCUGCUCAACGCCUCCCAACAGCAGCACGACGACAGGCUGCAGCUGGUCCAGAGACACACGGCGGACACACAGACAUGGCUCAGCAACAUGGAGGACAAGUACGGCUGGGUCAGCCAGCUGUCCAACAGCACAGCGGGCCCACACAACACCUUCUGUGUGAUCACAGUGAAUCCACAGCUACACACGAAGAGCAUUAGACCUAAAGCUGACAGCAGCGUGGUGGUAACAAUACUGGACUCUGCCCCGAUAACCGUCUCAGUUCCAGCAGAGCUGGCGGUGGAUGACUCUGCUUUCAUCCAAUAUGUAGCUCAGGAGGCUCUGAUACUCUAUAAACAGCAGAUACGAGGUAUCGAUCCCAGCGGUGUUGUGGCUAAGUGAAUUAUUUGGCUCCCAGUAUCAGCUGGCAGAGCUCCAAAUUGAAUUUGAGCAAAAAUUCAAUGUGAUCAUUUGGAACCCGCCAGCUUUACACUGUGACAAAUCCUUAUGGUUUCUUCAAACGUAAUCUUAUUCUCCCCAAUGCAAAUGGUAAAGGGAAUAUUGAAGUAAACCGACUUGCUUGCUUUGAUCUAAUCGACCUUCUGUAUACCUACAUCAGUUAAAAAACAGUUUUAUGUUUGUUUUUUCUACAUUUGAAUUGAGUACUGUGGAUAUAACAGCAUUCACACAUUACCAUCAGAUGCUGAAUAAAGAGUCCAGCUCUUCAACAAUUAAGAUGGACUUUGUAAAACUUGAAAUGCACCUUUACACGCACACCUGGUAUUGUUAGGGUUUUAGACGUUUCUGCUAUAGAAUUGUGUCAUCCAGAGCAUGUUCAUGUAAUGACUUCUUAAACCAUUAUUUUGAUUGUCAGAGUUGCAUAUUUUAUAAAGCUGAUAUUUCAAUCAAACAGUUUUAGUUUUUGAAACAAUCUG